UGCGGACAUCGAGAGCAUGUUCUAUCAGGUCCGAGUGCCUUCUGACGAAAGAGAUGUGCUUCGCUUCCUGUGGUGGGAAGAUAACGACCCGAACAAACCACCUAAGCAUUAUCGUAUGACGGCUCAUCUGUUUGGAGGUGUCUGGAGUCCUAGUGCUGCCAAUUUUGCCUUGCAACGAGUGGCAGAGGACAAUCGUGGAAACUUCUCUGACGACACAGUGGAAACGGUUAAGCGAAAUUUCUAUGUCGACGAUUGCCUUAAGUCAGUACCAACAGAGGAUGCUGCCAUGAAACUUGCUUCCGAACUCCGGGAACUGCUCACCUGCGGACGCUUUGGAUUAACCAAGUGGUUAAGCAAUUCCAAGGAAGUGAUGAAAUCAAUACCAGCUGAUGACUGGGCAAAAUCAUUACAUGAGGUAAACCUUGACCAAGAGGAUUUGCCAUUUGAACGAACACUGGGCGUCCUUUGGGAUGUAGAACGAGAUUGCUUCACAUUUGAUGUCAAGUCAGUAGAUAAACCUGUAACAAAGAGAGGAGUAUUGAGCACUACCAGUUCCAUCUAUGAUCCUUUAGGAUUUGCAAGCCCUUUCGUGCUCAAAGCUAAAGCAAUCUUUCAAGAGUUGUGCCGCUUAAAAGUUGAGUGGGAUGAGGAGUUACCGGUGGACAUAGCAGCACAAUGGCACAGAUGGUUGAACGACUUGCCUCUGUUGUCAGCACUGACAAUUCCAAGAUGCCUUAGACCAACAUCCACAAGUUGUUUUUUAUCUACCCAGCUCCAUCACUUUUCCGAUGCUUCGGAACUGGCUUAUGGUGCUGUUUCAUACAUCCAGAUUGGCGGCACCUGCAGGCUCGUGAUGUCAAAGGCCAGACUUGCUCCAAUCAAGCCAGUUAGCAUACCACGACUGGAGCUACUAGCAGCAGUUGUUGCUACGGAGCUGAAUCAGCAUAUCAAACAACAUGUAGAGAUUCCAAUUGAAAGGACUUUCUUUUGGACAGACAGUACUAUUGCACUUCAGUACAUUAAAAACAAGCAUUGUCGUUUCCAGACAUUUGUCGCCAACCGUAUAUCAAAAAUACAUGAACGCUCAGAAUCAUGCCAGUGGAGACAUAUUGAUUCUGUCUCUAACCCUGCGGAUGACGUCUCUCGAGGGAUGACUAUGAGGGAGAUUUUGGCAAGUGAACGAUGGGUAUCUGGUCCACACUUUCUUAGACAUGAUGAGGAACAUUGGCCUGCUCAACCUAUUAUAAAUGACUUGCCAGAUGAAGCAGAGAUCAAACGAGGCAAAGAAGUCUAUGCAGCUAACGUAACACCAAACCAAGCAAUGAAAAAUGCAGUGGACAGACUACUGGAACGAUACUCCAGUUGGCAUCGUUUGAAAAGAGCUACUGCUAUUGUGCUGACAAACUGCCUGGGAGCUCCUCAGUGGUGAAACUCCUCCUUCAAUCAGUGGUGAACCAGGUGGAACUUAUCGUCCAGGCAAUCUGAGCGUGCCAGUACCUGGCUCUGUUGUUGUCUUUAGACUGCAGUCAAAGGAGCAUGUAUAGCACCACAAGUCCAAGGAAACUUCAUCUUUGUCAUCAAGGUGACUGUGUAAGACCAAGUCCUCCACAAAACUGUGAAGGAUAGCCGGUAAGCGCCAUAUUGGCCAUGUUUGGCUAGACUGACUUAAGCAGUGCAGUGCUAAUGGUAUUCUAGAAGACACAAACUCUUAACUCUUGUUGAGUUUGAUAGGACCUUUGCAGUGGUAUUUGUAAUUUCAAAUGUUAUUUGUGGGGUAUAAAGGAAAAGUAAGAAAAACCAAAUUCAUUGUUUGACAAAGAAUGUGUUUGAAAUGGUUAAAAGUAAUUUAAACUUUGUAGAAAUCUUAAUAAACCAAGUUCUUAAUUCAGUUAAAAAAAUGUGUAGUCUAAAAAUAUUUGGCUAAAGAUACUUGGUUAAAAGAUAAGAAAAUAUACAUUUUGAAAAUUAAAAUGCCAAUUGAUUUGUUUUGGUUAAGCAUAUCUAGUUGUGGUUACAAUGAGACCUUAGAAUAAUUAUUUACUAUGAAAAUACUGCUUAAAAGUGGAAACCUUGUAUUUUAUAAUGACAGUACUGUGUUUAUCUGAGGUGAAUGU